CAUUUCCCAGCUACAGGAUAUUGUGUAACGAAAAGGCGCGUCGUUCAGAAACUGUCCGAUUUUUUUGGAGUCACAUGAGAACAUGUUGGGGCAAGUACCACCGGUGGUGAAAAUAAAUACAAAAUCCUUAAAUAUACUUUGAAGCUUCGGGCCCGCUGUAGUUGCCUGUAGUAAUUUAGCUAAUAAGAUAUCGCCUUGUUGGCCAAUUGUGUGAAAGUCUCCAGAAUGUUCACUUUUAAACGAGUUUUAUGCGUCAGAGGCAUCAUUGUACCUCAAAGCACCUCCCUCCCCGUGAGCCACUUUUCUGCUUAUCAUUGUUUACGAUCGUCAAAAAGACGCAGUCCGUACAGUUCAGUGGACACAGAGCGCUACUCUUCUCUCGUGAAGUCCGUCAUGUCGACCAGGGUCAGUUCUCAAACUCCGGAGACCCUCCAAGCGGAAGAUGACCAAAUUUAUGGACCUGUUGUCAAAGCUCAGACUCCUACAAUUGCAAAGACGAGGGUACCUAAAGUCCUUCAUCCAUUCUUAGACUGUCAAGAGCCUAUAGAAACAGAAGAGCCAGAGUCAGGACCUCCAGCUCGGAUUUUGUUAAACAGAGGGCAAGGCAGGUCUCUGGUACCGAGCGUGACCCGCAUCCUUCAGCAGACCCUCUCCCCAGACCAGAUCUUCUACCUGGAGAGGUGGAGGAAGAAGAUGAUUGCGGAGCUUGGAGAGGAAGGCUUCAAAGAAUACAGCCAAAAUUUAUUUAGGCAAGGGAAGCUUUUCCAUUCAGCCUUGGAGGAUGUUCUUACUUCACAUGCAACAUGGAAGGAUAGAAGUCCUUCAGAGUAUCCACCUGAGGUACAGGGAUACAUGCAGAGUGUCUCUGACAUCCUGGAGGACAUCCGAGCAGUGAGAGCUAUAGAAAGCACCGUACAGCAUGAAACACUGAACUACCUGGGAGUUGUGGAUUGCGUUGCUCGCUACAGGGGUGUACUAUGUGUUAUUGACUGGAAAACUUCAGAUAAACCCAAACCGUUCCUAAGCAACACGUACGAUAACCCUCUUCAAGUGGCGGCCUAUGCUGGGGCUUUGAACAGUGAUGCCAACUACAAGUACCAGGUUGAAAAUGGACUCAUUGUUGUGGCAUACAAGGAUGGCUCUCCUGCCCAUGCUCACCAGCUCAACUCAGAGCUGAUGUUGGAGUACUGGAAAACAUGGCUGCUACGACUCGAAGAAUUCACAGAACAAAGAUCCAGUGCAGAAAAGAGAUAAGCUGUAGAGACAAAAAAAUCAAGCAUGUUCCAGAGCAAUAAGAGGGCCAAAAAAAA